AUGGGUCGCCAAACGCCACCCAAGCCCAAUGCUACGAAAUCCCAAAAACAGGCAAAAUCACCCAAGCUUAAGAUACGGCAAACGCCCAACGCGUUCUUCCUCUUCCGCACCGAUUUAGUGGCCGAAAUCAAGCGGAAGAAGGUUGACAUUCCGCGUCAGUCCGAUGUCAGCAGGCUUGCUGAGGAUAUAUCCCAUGAUGAGAAAUCGUACUACGAGGACGAAGCCGCCGCACUCAGAGAGAAAGCUCUCCAGGAAGAGCAAGCUCGCCAGGAAGAACAAGUUCGUCAGGAGGCAGAUCGCAAGCGACUUUUCAAAAGGAGACGCAACGAACGGUGUUUCAGCAACACUGAUAGCGAGGAAAAUAGUGACGAAUCAGAGGAUAGCGCGGAGGAUGAGUCACGACUAGCUUCGAAUGCACGCACCGUCAAACGCCGAAAAGUUCUACCUAAAAGAGAACCCUUGCCACCGCCUCCUACCUCUUCUCGGAAACGCAAGGCUAAACGGCCAGCGCACCCUGCGUCAGGUCAUACCUCUGCGCCGUCUCGCAAGCAUACUCCGCAUCCCGGCGACGUGCAAUCAGCACUAACAGCGGAACUUUCAUCAUCGGCACCCAAGAAACCACCGGUUGAUCUAUCGUUCGUGCCUACUGUAGUCGAUUUCCUUGCAAAGCUCCGCGCUCAGGGCACAAACGACGGCGCGGACGCCAAUCCGUCGCUCGAAGAUGAUCACCCUGUCAAGCCCCAUCAGGCUCAGUCAAUGCCAUCAUCGCCUGCAUAUAGACCGAACGAGAUCCCACCGUCAGGCGAGGACGCCACGUCGUCGGGCUUCUCAGAUUCCGCAUGGGACUCGAUGCUACGCACUCUCCACAACAACGAGGACGCCUUAAAUGAAGCCACUGACGACGCCGAUCUAUUCGAGGAUAAUUACUCUGUCGUACCUCGACAUCCUCUAUCUGACCUCGACGUAGCAAGUCAUUACGACGUGCAGCCCGCGUCGUCUGUAUCGGCAAUGCCGCAGAGAUCGCCUCAGUACGAAGACGGUGGGACGGCGCCCUCGGGCGUGGGGGCAACAUCGUGCCUCCCAUUCUCCAAAUGCAUCCCGAGCACGCAUGCACACGUCAACGACUCAGGCGCCUUGGACGCAGCCGAAGAGGCCGAGACCGCCUCGGAUGGCACCAUCUACGACCAGGUCAACGACUGGUACCAGAAGAGUCAUGCGGCGGACCCUUGCUGCAGUGGCACGGACUAUGGCGUAGCAGCAGACAACAACUUCGAUCUUCAGGAGCUUAGCUGGUUGCGCUCCCAGGGCCCUUCGACAAUGCCGGUGGAAUGCUCUCAUGCUUCCGACGAUCUGCCCUCGAUGGGCGUGUCGCCUCUCCUAGAGGAGCAUGCACAAGCGCCGGUGGGCGGCGGUGCGGCGGUUGCGGAUUCCUCUUCACUUCUAGACCUCUUUCCUCUCCCUGAAAGUACCAGCUUCUCACAAGCUGUCCAAGAGUGGCGUCUUGCAUCGUCGUAA